ACUGAAAGUGCCAGAAUCAGAGGAAGAUCCACUGCUUCAGGAUGUCUGUAAAAAGAAAACGAAUAAGCCAUGCACCUCAAGAAAUACCAUCAACUAGUCAAGGCGAAACGUUUGCUGGAGGCGAUGCAGUCCACGAGUUCGUCGAGGGCUCCAUAUAUCGUAUUAGAAUGCAAAACUUUCUCACAUAUGACUUGGCAGAGGUCUUCCCUGGCCCAAACCUCAAUAUGAUAAUCGGAGCCAACGGAACCGGGAAGUCCAGUAUCGUCUGUGCCAUCUGUCUGGGAUUGGCUGGCAAGACCACCAUCCUGGGCCGCGGAGACAAGGUGGGCUUAUACGUGAAGCGGGGAUGUGCAAAAGGCAUGGUGGAGAUUGAGCUGUUUCGUACGGGGGUGAACCUGGUGGUGCAGAGGGAGAUCCACGUGGACAGCAACCAGUCGGUCUGGCAGCUGAACGGCCGUCCGGCCAGCCUCAAGCAGGUGGAGGAGGAGGUGCGGGCCCUGCACAUACAGGUGGCCAACCUCUGCCAGUUCCUGCCUCAGGAGAAAGUAGGCGAGUUUGCGAAGAUGAGCAAGAUUGAGCUGCUGGAGGCGACGGAGAAGUCAGUGGGGCCGCCAGAGAUGUACAACUUCCACUGUGACCUCAAGAGCUUUCGCAACAAGGAGCGAGACCUGGAGAACGUGUGUAAGGAGAAGGCCAGCUUCCUGAAGAAGGCGAUGCAGAGGAACGAGAGGAACAAGCACGAUGUGGAGCGCUACCAGAAGAAGAAGAGACACCUGGAGCUCAUACAGCUGCUGGAGAAGAAGAAACCAUGGGUGGAGUAUGAGAUGGCGCGUAAGGAGCUGGAGCAGGUGAAAAAGGACCGUGAGGAGGCCAAGAAGAGCCUGAAGGAGCUGAAGGACCAGCGGGCGCCCAUGCUGAGGAAGAUCCAGAGCAUAGACCAGCGCCUCACGCCCAUUCAUGACCAGAUCAAGGAGAUGGCAGCCAACAUCAGAGAAGCCACUCAGAAAUGCAAACAGAAGCAGGACCAGCUGGACAAUAAAAACAGACAGAUCGAGGACAUCAAGCAGUCUGUGAGCCUGAAGCAGGCGGAGGAGGCGGAUCGUCAGAAGCGCAUGGGCAACACGCGACACCUGAUCAGCGACCUACAGGCCCAGCUGCAGCAGUGCGGUGACCAUGGAGACCUGGGUCCCCGCCUGGACGAGCUGCACUCCCAGCUGAGAGCCAAUCAGGAGGAGAGGGGACGCCUGGAGGGGGAGAGGGCUGACCUGCGCCGCCAGAGGGACCGAGACGUGGCCGAGCUCAGAAUGCUUCAGAACCGCAUGCGUGGCCUGGAGGACAUGAUGAACCGUAAGGAGGAGAAGCUUCGCUCUCGCUUCAACGACACCCACAAGGCCCUGCUGUGGCUGCGGCAGAACAAGGAGCUCUUCCAGGGCAAGGCCUACGAGCCCAUGAUGCUGGAGAUUCGAGUAAGGGACACUCGCAACUCCAAGUACAUUGAGAGUCACAUUCCCGUCAACGACCUAAGAGCCUUCGUCUUCCAGAAAGCUGAGGACAUGGAGAAAUUUAUGUCAGAGGUGCGAGACAAACAGGGCCUGCGCGUAAAUGCUGUCAUCGCCCCCCAGGAAUCCCAUGCUACCAAGCCCCCCAGCAGACCCCUGGAGUCUCUCAGGAGGUUUGGCUUGUUCUCGUACCUGAGGGAGCUGUUUGAAGCCCCGGAGGAGAUCAUGAGCUAUCUGUGUUACCAGUACCGCGUCAACGAGGUUCCUGUCGGCACGCAGCAGACCAAGAACAUGAUUGAAACGGUGAUCCGCGAGUCCCAGUUGAGGAUGAUCUACACUGCGGAUGAGAAGUACACGGUGAAGAAGUCGUCCUACUCCAACAACGUCAUCUCCAGCAACUCGGCUCUCCGCCCGCCACAGUUCCUCACCGUCACCAUCGACGCCGAGGAGAGGAGGCAGCUCCAGGACCAGAUCAGGGCGGUGGAGGCGCGAGUCAGUGAGAUCGACGCCCAGGUGGCGGCGCUGCAGGAGCGUCAGGGCCGGCUGGAUCACCGUGACAACGAGCUCAGGGCACAGAAGAAGGAGCUGUCCGACCUGAAGGGCAAGAGGAGGCAGCUGGAGCAGAAGAUUAGCACCAAGCAGGACAGCUUGCGUCAGAUGGAGUCGAGUGUAGUGGACCUGCAGCGUGUGGAGCGGGACAGCCAGCAGAAGAUCAGUACCGUGCACAACCAGAAGGUGGCCAUCGUACAGGAGUUCAUGCAGUACAUGAAGCGGCGUGCAACUUUGAGCAGAGAGAAGGUGUGCUUGAGUCUGGAGACGGUGGCUCUCACUGCAGAGAAAAACAAACUGGAGUCAGACUGCCGAGAUGGAACAGCAGAGCUCCGAGCACUGGAGCAAGCGUGUACGGAUCUGGAUCGCAGGAAGACGACCUUGUUGAGUCAAUGCAAGAGCCUCAUGCGACGAGCCAGCGAGAUAUGCAACAUGGGGCCGGACGAUGCCGCUGUACCACAAGAAUUACAUGAUGUGUUCAGCAUGCUCCCCGACACGUUGGAGGACAUCGAGGCGAGAUUGAGCGAGGAGAGAACCAGAGCAGAGCUCUUCACUGGCAUCAGUGAAACGGUUGUGGAGGAGUAUAAUCGGAGGGAACAAGAGAUCAAGAAUCUGGAGAAAGAACUGGAGGAGAAGAAGAAUGCCCUGGACACCUACAGACAGAACAUCUCUGAGGUGAAGGAGCGUUGGCUGAACCCCCUCCGGCAGCUGGUGGAGCAGAUCAACGAGCGCUUCAGUGACUUCUUCAGGUCCAUGCAGUGUGCUGGGGAAGUGGACCUGCACACCGAGAACGAGGAGGAGUACGACAAGUAUGGCAUCCGCAUCAGAGUGAAGUUCCGUAACAGCACGCAGCUGCACGAGUUGACGCCUCACCACCAGAGCGGAGGAGAGCGCAGCGUGUCCACCAUGCUGUACCUCAUGGCACUGCAGGAACUCAACCGCUGCCCCUUCAGGGUGGUGGACGAGAUCAACCAGGGCAUGGACCCAGUCAAUGAGAGGAGAGUGUUUGACAUUGUCGUGCGGACAGCCUGCAAAGGAACCACCUCACAAUACUUCUUCAUCACACCAAAGCUCCUCCAGAAUCUGCAGUAUGCUGAGGACAUGAGUGUGUUGUGUGUCCAUAACGGGCCCCACAUGCUGCCGCCCCGUGACUGGAGCAGCCAGGCCUUCCAGCGACGCCGUGCACGCCAGAGCAAGUAAAGGUCUAUUUAGACUCCUCCUUCAGUUGCAGGACACGUACUGUCAGCGGGGGGUAGUGGCACAUUACGGACAAUUCAGCCUUGGAGAAAUAUUCUUUGAGUACUGCAAGGGUUCGUUUUAGCUCUAAAGAGUGGGGCGUGAUGGCUGUUUGAGUAUGUGAUCUGCCGCCACCCCCUGCUGACAGUACGUGUCCUGCAACUGAAGGAGGAGUCUGAACCAGAGCAAGUAACGCCACUGGAAAACAAUGACCGCCUUCGUCAUGGCACCGCAUUGCUGCUUUUGCUGUGCACCGCGCAUGCACACUUGGCCAUUUCAUUCUAGUCGGAAUUAGAAUUAGAAUAAGAAUUUUCUAAGCAGAAUAAAAAAUGUCUAACCAGAAAGUGCAAACCCCGCCGUGUGCACACUUGGAAAGUCACACUUGUUAACAUAUCUAGAAAAUAUCUAUAUGUACAUUCUCAGUUAGUUUUUUUAUGUUUGUUUAAAUUUGUUGAUUGUUUAAGUUCUUUGGUUACAGAAUGCAUUAAAAUGGCUAAGUGCGUAUAUGCGUUGCACAGCAAAAGCAGCAAUGCACCAUCACGAAUGCGGCAAAUGACCUGUGGCACCAGGGGUGUCAUCCCCUACUGUGUGACGCGCGCGCACACACACAAAAACGCACACUCGUUAACAUCUAGAAAAUAUCUAUAUGUACAUUCUCAGUUAAGUUUUUUAAGUGUUUGUUAAAGUUAAAAUUUGUUGAUUGUUAAAGUUCUCAAAGUUUGUUUAAGUGAAAGUUUGUCGAAGUUCUUGUUCUUGUCUAAGUUCUUUGGUGCCAAGGAAGUUCUUUAGUGCCAAGUAAAAAUAAAGUUGUUUUGAAAUGC